AUGACCAGUAUGGGAGCGUCGCUGGAUACCCCUGUCGGCGUUCCCCCAACAUGCCCCCUGUGCCAUCAGGAGUGCGCGGAUCCCACCGCCCUCCGGUGCGGCCACUGCUUCUGCCUGGCCUGCAUCCAGGAAGUAUGGAGCAGCUCCCCCACGGGGCCCUACUACUGUCCCGAGUGCCGAGAGGAGUACAGGAAGCUGCCCGCUUUCGGGAGACACGCAGACGGGCCGUCCACGUCUGCGGAGCACGGAGCGCAAGGACGCAGACGCUCGUCCCCUCAAGGCAUGGCGAAUGGAGACUGGCCCUCCACGUCUGGUUCACCCACUCAACCCCUGGGAAAGAGAGCUGCCCCCUCCUCUCCCCCUCACCAGCACAGGGAGAGGGAGCGGACCCCCUCCUCUCCCUCCGCCUCUGGCUCGUCCCCGACCCGUGCCAGUACCUCAGUGCGCUGCCAUUACUGUCCCUCCCCCCGCCAGCAGGUGGCGGUAAAGACCUGCCUGGUGUGCGGGGCGUCCAUGUGCUCUGAGCACGUGCGGGCCCACGUGGAGUCACCUGUGUUCCAGGGCCACCUGCUGGUGCCGCCCACGGCGGACAUCUCCCUGUGGCGGUGUCAGGAGCACCAGGAGAUGAACAAGAUCUACUGCCGGGACUGCAGCACGUGUGCCUGCACGGUCUGCACUGUGAUCGGCGCCCACCGCAAUCAUGACUGCGUCGGCGUCGCCGAGGCCGAGAUAGAGCUGAGGCGGAAGCUGAAGGACGACUUGAAAAAGAUGCAAGACAACGAGCAGGCUAUUCAGAGCACCAUGGGAAGCCUCCAGGAGAAGAAGCUGAGUGUUCAGGCCUCCCUGGACGAGGCGCGGGCCGGCCUGCAGCAGCAGUACCAGGCCAUGCGGGAGGCCCUGGAGAGGGAGGAGCAGCAGGCCCUUCAGUGUGUGGCCAGAGAGGAGCGCCGGGUCCUGGGGGCCACGCAGACUCAGCUGGACCUGCUGCAGGACGCCCUGGGAUCCUUCCAGAAGAGCCUGGACAUUAUGGUGGAGCUGUCCGACGCCAAGCGAGUCAAAGAGCAGGCCUUCAUCACGGAGUACAACAAGAUAUCCAAAAGUGUGAUUGAGAUGUCCAAUCCGGUUGAGGGGUUGGAGCCCCCGCUGGAAGUAGACCACGCGCGAUUGGCUCAGCUGAACGAUUGGGCGGAGAGGAGGCUGAGCACGGUCUUCCUGGGAGUCCCAGACAGGGACAGGCUGCGUCUGCUCUACGGGAUAACCCCCUCUCUGAACCCCGACACCGCGCACCCCAAGCUGGUCCUGUCCGAGGAGAACCGGAGGGUGACGUACAGCGAGGAGGCCCAGCCGUACCCCGAGCAGGUGGCCCGCUUCAGCACCUUCCCCCAGGUCCUCGCCGCCACGCCCAGGGAGGGGGGCCGCAGCUACUGGGAGGUGGAGGUGACGGGCGAGGGGCGCUGGAAGGUGGCCAUCUGUGAGGGCCUCAUCGCCCGGAAGGGGGCGAAGGACGCCUGCCGCAUCGGGUUCAAUGUGCACUCCUGGUGCCUGUUCGGGGAGCGGGGGAAGCUGGAGGCCCUGCACAACAAGGAGUCCACGCCUGUGAGCGAGAGCACCCCCCAGAGGGUGGGGGUCUUCCUGGAUAUGGAGGAGGGCUGCGUGUCCUUCUACAGCGUGGCUGAAGGGGGCGCUCUCACCCUGCUGCACAGCUUCCAGAAGCUGUUCACCCAGCCUGUCUAUCCUGCACUGGCUGUUUCCAAAUCACAGCUGACCUUCUGCCACCUCUUCUAACGGACCACAGCCAAACCUGCGGCACUGUCUCCUAAACCAUCGGAGGAGGAGGGGAUGGAGAGGCCGGCGGACGGCCUUUUCCCCUUCAGAUGCACUUGCAUGUAG